CAUCUGUGCCCAAAAGCUGUUCGAACAAAUUCCCCCAAAAAGGGUACUUCCCACAUCUUCGCGCCCCUCUCUCUCACAUACUCGAAAUGGAUCCCGAAACCCAGAGCCAAAUCGAGACGACUGUGAUCGAGAUUCUGAAAAACGCAGACAUGGAGGAGAUGACUGAGUUCAAGGUCCGAAGCGCGGCCGCAGAGAAGCUCGGGCUCGACCUGUCCACUACCGAAUACAAGCGAUUCGUCCGCCGCGUGGUGGAAUCGUUUCUCCUCGCGAAGAAGGAGAAAGAAGAGGCGAACGAAGCCCAAGGAGAAGAAGGAGAAGAAGAAGAGGAGGAAGACACGAAGAGAGAUGGCGGGAAAGAGUAUGACGACGACGGUGAUCUCAUCAUCUGUAGGCUAUCGAACAAGAGAAGGGUGACUAUUCAAGAUUUUAGAGGGAAAACACUGGUUUCGAUAAGGGAAUUCUAUGAAAAAGAUGGAAAGCAGAUGCCAUCUGCCAAAGGGAUAAGCUUGACAGCUGAACAAUGGACUGCCUUCAGCAAAUCUGUCCCUGCCAUAGAGGAAGCCAUCAAGAAACUGGAAUCAAGGCUGAACUGAAUUUUGUAAACCUUGUAGUAGCAUAUGAUCUAAACCAACGCCAAUGACCUAAAAACUACACGUGAAACCAUGAAUUUCAUCAUCAUAGGCAUCCCCCCCCCCCCCCCCCCUUUUUUUGGGUUUUGUAUGUGGAAGGGCUGGAGGUAGGUCUCUUUUGUAGAAGUGCUUGUGAUAUGAACUGGAAAGGACCAUCAAUCUCAAAUUUCCUUCUUGUUCAGCCA